AUCUACUACACAAAAGGAACACAUCCGCAUCCAGCCAUCCAGCAACCAAAAGUCCAAAACAGACACAAAGAAGAGGCAUUUGUAUCCGAUCCCUCUAAUAGUCUAAUCUCUCUCUGUCUCUCUCUCUCUCUCUCUCAUUGGAUCUAAGUUGCGAAGGCAGGUUCCAACCCCCAUUCAUCUCUAGCACCAUUAGAUCCAAUUCCUGAAAUCUUGAUCCGAUCCAUUUCCUUCAUGGGCAUUCUCUUACACCCAAAUGGGAAUGCCCACAAUAAUAAACCAUGACCAAACCCAUCGUUGACCAAGAAGAAGAAGAAGAAGAAACCCACACUUUGUUCUACGACUCCCACGACCGUUUACUAUCGUCCUCUACCUCUUCAUCUAACUCCGACGACGACACCGCAACUUCCCCUCAAAACGACACCAACACUGCCAAAAACGACAGCACUAACAACUCCAACUCUAGCUCCCCCACUCAUGCCUUGGCCAUGUGCAGGUACGAUAUAUGGAUCUCGGAACCCUCCUCCGUCUCCGAACGCCGUUCUCGCCUCCUCCGCCACUUCGGCCUCCCUGCUCGAUCGGUCUCCUCGCAACACCUCCACCGCGUCGCCGCCGACACAACCUCCGCAGCCUCUGCUGCCGCCGCCAUUCUCCGAUCCAAAUCCGAGAGCGCCGCGGAUCGGUGUGAUUUGCAGGUGCCAGCUCAGCAGCCUGCAAUUCGAUCGGUUUGCCGCUCUGGCGACGCCGGUUCGGUUGUAAAUAACGGUAAUUGCAGCGCUAAUGGCAAUGUCUCAACGGUCAUCGAUUCGCGGGGCAAGAGCAAUGAAACUCGGAGAGAGAUUGAGAGUGUGGAAGAGGAAGCGUGCACUAUAAAGGAUCUUGAUAACGGGAAGGAGUUUGUGGUGAAGGAGGUGAGGAAAGAUGGCACGUGGAAGAAGCUUAGGGAAGUUGGAACUGGAAGGCAUUUGACUAUGGAGGAAUUUGAGAUGACUGUUGGGCAUUCCCCAAUUGUUCAGGAACUAAUGCGGCGGCAAAAUGUCGAAGAUGGUAAUGGAGAUGGAGAUGGAGAUGCGGUUGAUUUGAAUUCAAAUGAUUGUAGCCGCAGUGGUGGCGGUGGUGAUAGUGGUGGUGAGAGUAAGGUGAAGAGAAGGGGGAGUUGGUUUAAGAGUAUAAAGAGUGUGGCGAGUUCGGUAGCCGCAGCGGGGCAUAAGGAGAGGUGGAGUAGGAGUGGUGAUGAGAGGGAUACAUCGUCCGAGAAAGGUGGCCGGAGGUCCAGCUCCGCGACAGAUGAUAGCCAGGAUGGCAGUUCAUUUCUUUGUCCUGAAAGAGUGAGAGUGAGGCAAUAUGGGAAAUCAUGUAAGGAGCUGACAGGGCUUUACAAGAGCCAGGAGAUACAGGCUCAUGAGGGAUCAAUUUGGAGCAUAAGGUUUAGUUUGGAUGGGAGGUAUCUUGCAAGUGCGGGCGAGGAUUGUGUGAUCCAUGUUUGGCAGGUUGUAGAAACUGAGAGGAAAGGGGAGCUGCUGCUGAUGGAGAAGCCCGAAGACGCCAAUGUGAAUAUGUUGUUUAUCAUGAAUGGGUCGCCGGAGCGGGCUACGCUGUCCCCUAGCAAGGAGAGUAGCCUUGAGAAGAGGAGAAGGGGGAGGCCAUCUGUUAGCAGGAAGUCAUUGAGUUUGGACCAGUUAGUUGUGCCAGAAACUGUUUUUGCGCUCACGGAGAAACCCAUUUGCUCUUUCGAAGGCCAUCUCGACGAUGUGCUUGACCUCUCCUGGUCCAGGUCUCAGCACUUGCUCUCGUCUUCGAUGGAUAAAACAGUGCGGCUAUGGCAUUUGUCUAGCAAGUCGUGUUUGAAAAUUUUUUCACACAGUGACUAUGUGACUUGCAUCCAGUUCAAUCCUGUUGAUGAUAGAUACUUCAUUAGCGGAUCUUUGGAUGCUAAGGUUCGCAUAUGGAGCAUUCCUGAUCGGCAAGUCGUGGAUUGGACUGAUCUGCAUGAAAUGGUCACUGCUGCAUCUUAUACACCUGAUGGUCAGGGUGCACUUGUUGGUUCAAUCAAGGGUAGCUGCCAUUUAUAUAAUACAUCUGAAAAUAAGCUGCAACAGAAAAGUCAGAUCAAUCUGCAGAACAGGAGAAAGAGAUCGAGGAAAAUUACUGGCUUCCAGUUUGCCCCAGGAAGUUCAUCUGAAGUACUCAUUACAUCUUCAGAUUCUCGAAUUCGGGUUGUUGAUGGCGUUGAUCUGGUUCAUAAGUUUAAAGGGUUUCGGAAUUCGACUAGCCAAAUUUCAGCCUCCCUCACAGCAAAUGGUAAGUAUAUUGUCGCUGCAAGUGAGGAUUCCCAUAUAUACAUAUGGAGAAAUGAAGCUGAUUGCAGACCUAACAGAAGUAAAGCUGUCACCGUUACAAGCUCAUAUGAGCAUUUUCACUGUAAAGAUGUAUCAGUGGCCAUCCCGUGGCCUGGUAUGGAUUAUGCAUGGGAGAUGCAUGAUACGUUUUCUAGGGAACAGCCUGAGUUCGAUGAUAAUGUGGAUGAGGUCUCAUCGGCCAACCAUCCCCCUACCCCUGUAGAGGAAGAUAUUGGUACUGAGGGCUCACAAUCUGCAUCAGGUUGCAACAAUAGUCCACUUCAUGGAACUAUUGCAGGUGCAACAGACAGUUAUUUUUUUGACAGAAUUUCAGCAACAUGGCCAGAUGAAAAACAACUUGCUGCUACGAGGAACCGAAGCUCCCAAAUCAGUGUUGAUUUAUCUAGUAACGCAGUGAGUCAAAACAUGUCAGCCUGGGGCAUGGUCAUCGUAACUGCCGGCCUUCGAGGGGAAAUUCGAACUUUCCAAAACUUCGGAUUGCCACUGGGCGUAUAAAACGUGUGGGUUGAAGUGGGGGAGACUUCACUGUCUCAUUAUUGGGUGAAAAGUUGUACAGAGUGAUAUUGGGUGAGAGAAUAUUAGGCUGAGUUCCAUUUCUUUCGCUGUUCUUUUUGGUGUUAUUGGUUGAGGAGAUGUGUUGUAUUUCCAAUCAGUCGUCUGAGAAAAACAAGAAGGGAAAAAAAAUGAGAAAAAGAAAAAAAAAAAAAAAAUAGAAAGGAAGAAAACAGGAAAAGGUACAUAUGGAAUGGAAUUUGGAAAUCAACGAAUGCAUGUGAUGGGGAAAUGUAGAUUAACGAGCAAGGGAAAAGCUUAUUAAAUUAGAAAUGAUGAUUCUUUUACAUUUGUUCAUAUUAGUCUUGUUAUGAAUUCUUUUGUCUAUUGAAAUCAAAUUCAAUAAAACAGUAUGGUUACAAUUCC